AUGCAAGCAGACAUGACCAGCCUAAGUGAAUUGCCAAAAGAGGUUACCGACCGUCUUAAUUUAUGGACUGGGGACGCGGCUCGCCAUUCUGCGAACGUUUUGCAGCUAGCAAGACAUCGAGUACGCCAUUCCAAUUCAUACCUGCUAGGAGACGUGAACCCUGAUGGCCACGGCUUGGGUGUUUCCUUUGUGGCCUCGGAGGUCCAAGUACCCAACCCUGCAAACAGCUUCAGGCUGCAAUGGCAUAAAUGUGUUCUCAAGAACAAAUCGAGUCUUGAAAACAAUCCCAGCGACGAGGAGUACACGCUACUCACGAAAUUGUACCUCCAAGAGUCUCUUAAGAUUGUUAAGAAUCACGUAAAAAACAACUUCAACUACCAGCAACAGCCUGAACGCUAUCCCAGUACGCCGCACUUGCGGGGAACACCGUACUUACGGAGCACACACAACGCAUGGGAGUAA